CAAAACCACCGAAAGCCGAAAACCCUCUCUCUCUCUCUCUCUCUCUCUCGACUGUCUACUACCUUUUCCACACCGAAAAUAAAUUUUUGUAUAUAAUUCUAUUUAUCGUUCCCCUUUUAAGUUUCGUUUCAUCUGCUUUUCUUUCCAUCUCCACCACACACACAAAGUAAAAACAAGAAGACCAUGCAACCCGAUAACUCACCGGAAAUUUCACAGUUGUACCGAUUUUUGGCUGAGAACGGAGUAUUCAACGUGGGAUCAUGCGGUUUACCGGCGAUGCAAAGCUUAUGUAGUUCAUCCUCUUCGUCUUACCAUAAUUACCCUUUGGAAGGAUCUGUAAUUACGGAUAUGACUCCACAGGAUAGAGCACUUGCUGCUUUGAAGAAUCAUAAGGAAGCUGAGAAGAGAAGGAGAGAGAGAAUUAACUCUCAUCUUGAUAAGCUAAGAGGCCUUCUUCCUUGCAAUUCUAAGACAGACAAAGCUUCGCUCCUCGCAAAAGUUGUUCAACGGGUCAGAGAACUGAAACAGCAGACCUCACAAAUUCCAGGACUAGAUUCUUUCCCUUCAGAAACUGAUGAAAUCACUGUUCUUUCCGGUGAAUAUUCAAGUGAUGGACAGUUGAUCUUCAAGGCUUCUUUAUGCUGUGAAGAUCGCUCUGAUCUUUUGCCUGACCUAAUUGAGAUAUUAAAAUCCCUCCAUUUGAAGACCCUUAAAGCUGAAAUGGUAACUCUCGGAGGUAGAAUCAGGAAUGUUCUUAUAAUCGCUGCAGAGAAAGAUCACAGCAUUGAAUCAGUCCAUUUCUUGCAAACUGCACUUAAAUCUUUGAUCGAACGGUCGAACUCUAGCGAUCGAUCUAAAAGGCGAAGGGUAUUAGAUCAUAAAAUAAUAAUGCAAUGACUAUAUUGUAGUUCCCUUUUGUUAUUAUUAUCGUUUUCUUUUUUGAAGUUUCAUUUCGAAUGCUUAGUUUAUAGGUCAAAAAGUCAAGAGUUCGAACCUGUAAACUGCUUAUCAGUCUAUUUCAAUAAAAAUAUAGUAGCUUCAUCGUU